UCAAAAGUCUGCGCGACAUGAACGCGCCCAGCGGCUUUGGAAUUGAGCAUGCGCAUUAGAAAGCAGAGCCGGUGGAAACUGGCGCCAUUUCGGAUCGGCGCGGUGUCAGCAUUGCAUAGAACACAGCGCGCAAAGAGCCAACAUGGAGAACUCUGCCAUCCAGCUUCAUAACCGCGUCGAGCCGCCCUCGCUUCCACAGGGAGGCCAGCCAAGGAUACGCGCCGAAUCAUCCAGGCACGCCUUCUGCUGGGACGCUUUCAUUACAGCUCCGGACAGAGAGAGGGCUGCUUUGUGUACCUGGAGAGAGGUGGCUGUAGGCGCUGCUGAUUUGCCGAGACCAGUCUGCCACUAAAACCAGUGAAGAUGGACGUCAGUGUCUCCGUGUCGUUCUUUCAAGAGCAGCUCGCCUCUCCCGUCGAGCGCGCAGUGAAAGCGGCUGUAGACUCCGUCCUGCGGGAAAUUACUGAAGUUGUCGGCAGCAGAUUCACUGAGUUCCGAGUGGAAAUGACUGCAAUGAAGAGAGAGAAUGAAAGUCUGAAGCUGAGACUGGAAAUAUCAGAGAGCGAGCUGAGAGCCGUGCGAGGGUGUAUAAACACUGCAGAUACAGACAUUAAACAGCCUUUCAUAUUUCAGGAUCCCAGAGAGAGCCAUGCUAUCCCUGAAUCUGAAGCACAGGAGGAGCCAAAGAUAGAAGCAGUUUCCACACAAGAGGAGUCCUUUGAGCAGGAGUGCUGUGCAAGUCUAAUGCAGGUUACAGAGCUGCUGUUUGUUAAAGAUGAAGAGGUCCCUCAACAGGAAUGUGCUCCUAUCAAAGAGGAGUUCAUAGAGCAGGAAUGUGUCUACAUCGCAGAGGAACUUCCUGCUGAAUAUAAUGCCUGUACACUUGAAGAGAACUACAAGCUGGGAUCCAGCCUGUGUGAUGAUUCUCCAUCUGAAUGUGAACUGGGAUUUAGAGAUUCUAAAGUAGCUGAAGGGGAACACGACUCCACUCCAUCAGCCCAGUGCAAAAACUCUUCUAGUGGCAAACCACAGUGCAAGAAGCUCAGAGAAACGACAGCCCAAGAAGAGUAUGUGAAGACAUUGAGAACUCGCUCCAUUAAAAUCCCUUCUUUACAAGACAGACCCCCUCUUACUGUGGAGAGUACAGAGACACCACAUUCUGCAUGUUUCAACAGUUCUGAAACCCAGGGCAACUUGAAGACCUUGCCUCGUUCUAUUAAAGGUGGGAAGAGGUCCUGUCAAUUAGAGGUUCAAGAAACUCACAAGGGAAAUCCCACAGGAGGGAAUACAUUUUCCUCGGCUGAUUGUGGGAAGAGUUUCAAUCAUAUAUCACUGCUUAAAAGACACCAGCGCAUUCACACAGGAGAGAAACCUUCCCACAUACAGUCAAGUGAUAAAAGUUUUAAGCAGUUAGAAAAUCUUCAUUCACACCAGCGCAUUCACUGCACUGAGUGUGGGAAAACAUUCAGUCACACAAGAAACCUUAGAAAACACAAGACUGUUCACACAGGAGAGAAAUCUCAUCACUGUGCUGUUUGUGGGAAGAGAUUCAGCCAUUCUAGAGACCUAAAAAGACACCAGCGCAUUCACACAGGAGAGAAACCUUAUCACUGUACUGAGUGUGGGAAGAGAUUUAGUCUGUUUGGAAACCUUAAAAUCCACCAGCGCAUUCACACAGGAGAGAAACCUUAUCACUGUAGUGAGUGUGGGAAUAGAUUCAGUCACAUAGGAAGCCUUAAACACCACAAAGCCAUUCACACAGGAUAGAAACCUCAUCACUGCUGCUUGUGGGAAGAGAUUCAGCCAGUCUCAAAGGCACCAUAAAAUUCACACAGGUGUGUAGUCCUCUCCCUGCAUUUAAUGCGUGAAGAAGUUAAGUCAGUUGCAGGCUCUUACAGGACUUGAGAACAUUGUCAGAAUUGUAGACUCUUGAACAACAGGAGCAUAUUUGACUAAAUACAGAAAUAUUUACUGAAAACAAAAGAAUAAACCUGCUUGACAAACAGGGUCAUCCCCAUGGCUUUAACUAUGAGGACACCAGGGUCGAGUCCUGGCUUGUUUUUUUGCUGAAGUACGAAAGACUCCUUCAUUUUCUCUGUUAGUUUGCCGUGUAACACAGAUUUGGAAUUUGAAUAGUAAAUACCAAGCAGUCAUAUACAUACUGCAGGUAGAGCUUGAAACCUCAGUGUGACCUCGGGAGAAUCAGCUCUGGUUACGAUGCUGGUCACCCCUGAUCACAAUCUGUUCAGAUCAAAAGCUCACGGACCACAAAUAUGAGCGAGUCUUCAGUCUUGUAUUCCUCAUGUUGUUGAGCAUUGGAAUUGUGUUCUGUCACAUUAGUAAUGUAUUAAACAGAUUGUUCUUAUGAAUGCACGUUUCUCUUGCUUUUCUCAUGCAUUGCUCAGACUCUUGCAGUGUGUUUUGUGGAAACUUCCCCGAUACCAGGGUGAAUCUGCGCUACCUCAAGACACAGCACAGUAUACCGCUGUUAUCAUGAGGGCAGCUUGAAGUGUAAAAGCAAUACUGUUUCCAGCAGGGGGCACCAGAGAGCUUUUAGGAAUGGAAUGGGCCGCAUACCAUUGUUUCUCAAGAGGUGAUUUCUGCUCAGGAUGUGUUUUAAUACUGCCCUCGCUCUCUUGGGUACUCCAUUAUCAAACGUAGGCUCCUGUGUUUUUAUAUCAAUUUGUUUAUUGAUAACGAGACUACUAAAGAAAAGAAAAUCUGUAUUAAAAAUGCUUUGCUGUCUGUUUUAAAUGAUG